CUUCUCUCUCGCAACAUCCAUCACUGAUCCCCACGGCUGCCAUAUCCAUCACGACUUUCUAGUCGCAUCGCAUAUUCCACAUCGUCAAUUGGAUUUUCAAAACCCGUCAAAAUGCCGCCCAAAGCUGCCGACAAGAAGCCCGCCACCAAGGCCCCUGCCACUGCCUCCAAGGCCCCCGAGAAGAAGGACGCCGGCAAGAAGACCGCGCCCUCGGGCGACAAGAAGAAGCGGACCAAGGCCCGCAAGGAGACUUACUCCUCCUACAUCUACAAGGUCCUCAAGCAGGUCCACCCCGACACCGGUAUUUCCAACCGUGCCAUGUCGAUCCUGAACUCGUUUGUCAACGACAUCUUUGAGCGUGUCGCGACCGAGGCUUCCAAGCUGGCUGCCUACAACAAGAAGUCGACCAUCUCCUCCCGCGAGAUCCAGACGUCCGUGCGCCUCAUCCUCCCCGGUGAACUCGCCAAGCACGCCGUGUCGGAAGGCACCAAGGCCGUCACCAAGUACUCGUCGAGCACCAAAUAAGUGUUCUGGGUUUUGCUUUUUUUCGUUUUUCUCUCUUUCGGGCACAGGGUUUGCUUGGCAUUUGGGAGUCAUGACGAGGCCGGCCAAGGUACAGAUGCCCCUUGGAGUCUCUUAAUGCAACGCGUUACGGAUGGGCUGCUUUUUUAUGGGGCACUGCUUUUCAUGGUUUACGGGGUUUGCGGCGGCUGUACACUACAUGCCUUGAUAUCAGGGUUUCGGGCGAAAUGAGAUCGUGCAUAUGACCAUG